GUUUGGCGGCUUCUGACAAAUAUGAUUGGUCAACGAAAACAAACGAUGGACAACGGCCGCCAAUGAAAGAAGCAGAGAUGGUUUAUUUUUACAGCGAACGCGGCAAUUUCCAAUAUUAUUGGCUUGUCUUAAUCACAUGACCAAUUUUUUACCAAUCGGUAAGAAAUACAUAGCCCGUUCGCUGAAAAAAACAUUACAGGGGACCGCAAAACAGCUUUAAGUCAUCUUACGUCAAAAGAGUAUAUCAAGGGUUUUGUUUUCUUUCUGACGCAAAUUGAGCCAUGCAGUCAUCUGGGGAGGGCCCUUGGAGCAGCCUGAGCUCUGGGAAGAAGGUGGCCCUCGUCUUAGGGCUCCCAGUUGGGGCCACGGUUGGCUAUAUCCUCUAUCGUCAUUUCACAAGUAGCAAUGGUCAAAGGGAGAGUAUGGAGCAGACCAGACUGACAGUUCCUCUGGAAGUUUACCGUUCCAUCGCCAGGCAUCAGAGCUCGUUCCUAGACUUGGUGACCCAGCAGUCUGGUGCCCAAGUGAGGCUUCUGUCAGAGAAUAAGGGUGACAGUGUCUCCUUUCAGCUUCAGGGCUCAGCUCACCAGGUUCUGAUGGCCAAGUGUUUUCUGGACAAACUGGCCUCUGACUGUGAGGUCAUAACUGAAGAUUUUGAGGUUCCCCAGACUGCCUUAGGACGAAUCAUAGGGCGUGGAGGGGAGUCCUUAAAGCUGAUAAAUCGGACUUCAGGUGCUCGUAUUAGCUGUCCUAAAGAUCGGGACAGUACCCUGGCAGAGAAGGCCAGGGUCUCCAUCACAGGGAUACGCCGGGAGGUGCAUCAUGCCAAAGAGCUAGUCAUGGAAAAGGUGGCUGAGAGUGAGGAGGUCCGGCAACGGAUAGCACAGUCCUCCGCUCUACGCCACAAGAGGCGCCCCUCAGAACCGCAAGGUCAGAAGGAAGCAAAGCCAGAAUCGGAGAAAAAUGGAGUGGAACUUCAGCUUGCUCAGGAAGACCCCUUAAGCCAGAAGAUGGUACUUCCCAAUGGAACCACGGAGCCUCCAGACGCAUCUAAACCUAUACCAGAGGAACAAUCCAUAACUGAGAGUGGGGAACAAGACACUCAAGAAAUGUCUCCACAGAGCAUUUUCAAAUUUGAAAUCCCUAGUCCGGAUUUGAGCUUCCAGCCAGAUGAACACUUGGAAGUAUAUGUGUCAGCAGUUGAGAACCCACAACACUUCUGGAUCCAGAUUUUGGGGGUGCGAUCAUUACAGCUUGACAAGUUGACUGCUGAAAUGGGCCGCUUCUACAGCACUGGGACUGCAGAGCUGAAAGUGGAGAAAGUAGUGGUGGGGGACAUUGUGGCAGCCCCUUAUCGGAACCAUGGCACUUGGAACAGGGCCAGAGUACUGAGUGUGCUGGAGUCUGGCCUGGUGGACGUCUACUAUGUUGACUAUGGUGACAAUGGCGAGCUUUCCCUAGAAAGCCUCAGAAGCAUGAGGAGUGACUUUUUGAGCCUUCCCUUCCAAGCCAUUGAAUGUAGUUUAGCAGGAGUAAGUCCAGCAGGGGGGUCAUGGACUGAGGAAGCCCUUGAUGAUUUUGACCGCUUGACUUACUGUGCUCAGUGGAAACCACUUCUUGCUAAAUUGUGCAGUUACUCUCAUUCUGACAUGUCAUCCUGGCCAAGUGUUCAGCUCUAUGACAGCAGCCAUGGCAAGCUGCUGGGUGUGGGUGAGGAGCUCAUCCGACUGGGACAUGCCGUGCACUGCCUUGACUUGGGUGAUGGAGGGCUCAAGGGUACCAGAGAUAACCCGGGUUCACUGCAGAAGAUGCUGGAUGAUGUUACUGGAGUCACAUCAGAGCUCAGCCUUUCCUGCAUCAGCUUGUCAGGUUUUAUGGAUCCAUGUGGCAAUGUGAUGAAGAAACCAGCCAGUUGCUUUUCCUUUAAUUUUAUUAAGCCGCUUGAAACUGUACAAGCUGAUGCAGACCAGGGUUCUUGUAUCCUAUUAAUGAAUUCCUUAAGCAACUGGGACUCCACGCCAUCCCAGCAGGUGUCCCCUGACAUGCUCUCAAGCUCCUCCACCACUUCUUCCCCUUGUGUCGAGGUCAUGACCUCUGUUCUCAAUUCCUUGACUUUAUCCGAUGAAGUAUUCUUCUCUGGAGACUGCAGUUCUGAUGAUGGGCAGGAUGUGUUUUCCAUUUCUUCUGGCCCUGAAUUUGCUGGCUUGAAUUCUUCUUCAGAAAGCAAUAUCAGUGAGGGCAGUAGCAGUAGUGGAAUUCGCAGUGUCUGGUACUACCUGUCCUCCUCAGAUGAUUCCACUGUGUUAUCUUUAAGCACAAGCCUGUCUACGUCCUGCCAUUCCCAGACAGACAGUGAGUCUCCAGUGUCAGAUUUUCUCAGUGCUCAUAGCCUGGAUCUUUCUGAGAGUCUUGAGAACAGUGAUGGGGAAGAGGCAGAGUUAUUGAGAUUGGAAGUGAUAAGACAAAAGAACGAUGCCAGGUCUGUCGCCCAACCAAGUGUGACAGCUGCCGUAACAUGUAGUGAAUAUUGUAGUUGUGGUGAAGCCAAUGGGUUUCUUCAUGUUUGCUCAGUAGAAGUAAAAGAAGAAUCGGAGCAUUGUCCAAGCCUUGAAGAACACACCAGCGGUUUCCCAUGCCAAAAGAUCAAAACUGUAAGAAGUAAUUUGCCAGCUAAAGAUGAAAACUUUGUGGAAUGUAGGUUCCAACAGGUGUUGUCCGGCAAUGAGAGAACCGAGGAAGGAGUUACUGCCUCCGAGGAGCAGGAGUUCUUGGGAAACCAUGAUGUUCUGGAGCUUGAGCAAACCAGAGCCUUGCAUAGUGUGGAAUCAUACUGGCAGUUUCAGCUGCAAAGCUUGAAUACUUCAACAGAAGGAGACACCAGCACAUACAUGCUUGUCAGCCAGGAAAAGAAGUCUGGAACUGGAGUGAGACCCCCACUCCAUUGCAAAGAAAGGAGUAGCUCUCUGUAUAAUAACCCCCCUGACACUAGUGCUUCAGCUCUGAAUUCAGAAGUUGCCUCGAUCUCAGGUAGUAUGGAUGAUGUCAUUGGGGAGGACUUGGUGUGAAACCAAACCAAAGAAAUUGUGCAUCCUACUUCACACAACUGCCUUAUUUAUAAAUUGCUGCUGCUGCCUGGAAUUGUAACCUUAGCCCUGCAGUCCUCUUAAGCACUGGGCCUAAACCAGCCCAACUUGGAGUAAUGCAAAGAAUAUUUACAAAAUGUCUCCGCUCUGUCCCUUCUUUGCACUGUGUACUGAAAAAUAUGCCAGGAACUAAUCUACAGUAAAUGUCCAUGGCAGGUUUGCAGAAUCUGUCAGUACUAGGUUUCCUUUGCAAGUACAGGGAUGACUCUAGAGCUACGUGUUAUUGUUUCUGUAAAACCAGUUUUCCCUCGCUAAAUUUUGUGCACUAAAAUCUGUUACAUUUUUUCUUUGAAAAAAGGAAUGUACUUAGUCUGUUUUGCUUUAAUUGUUCUUUGCAGUUUCAUUCCCUAUUUUGUGCAUAUCAAACAUUUCAUUUGUUAGUAUAGCAAAACUCUACAAAAAAAUAGUUUUUCAAUAUUGAAUAUAUAUGAACAUGCUCUAAUAUAAAUUGUUUGUUAUAUGGCUGACAUGUUAAGGUCGACGUUUGUUCUGUUAUUUAAUUUUAAGUAAUAAAGUGUUUACAUAUUUGACUGCA